AUGGGGCUGGAGACGGACUCUGGGAUUCUGGGACAUCUGCGCCCGAGCCGCGUGGCCCUCGGUCGAGCGGCCCGGGAGCGGGAGCCCCGGGCCGCGUCGGAGCAGGAGCCGGCGCAGGUCGGGGGCCUGGCUGGGCGCCAGGGCGCGGCUUGGCGCGCGCGCGCGCGCCGCCGCGCGGCGGCCCGCCACCCCGUCGCGGGCGGGCGCGGGGGUCGAAUGGGCCAUGGAGGCGGGGCGACGGUGGGCGCGGUGGCGUUCGCGGCCAUCGGCGGCGUGCUCUUCGGCCUGGACCAGGGGAACUGGGGCGGCGCCAUCGUGAACGACGGCUUCGUCGACGCCUUCUGCGACGGCGGGCGGGCCGAGUGCCACGACGCCGCCAGGCUCCCGGCCGCCUACGCCCAGUUCCUGUCGCUGGGAUCCUCGCUGCUGCAGCUUGGGGCCGCAUUCGGUGCGCUGGCCGUGGGGCCGCCCGUUGCGGAGCGCCAGGGGCGACGCGAGGCGAUGUUCCUCGGCUCGCUGGUGACGAUCGCGGGCGCCGUGCCCCAGGCGUUCCUGACGGACAUCCCGGCAUUUCUCUGCGCCCGCGUAGUCGCGGGGCUGGGUGUCGGCAUCGUGACGUACGCGCUGCCGAUGUUCGUCUCGGAGGUCGCCCCCGCGGAGCUGCGGGGCGCCCUGGGGUGCUCGAUGCAGCUGACGAUGGUGCUGGGCACCGUGGUCGCCUCGGUGCUGAACUGCCAGCCCUGGUUCGACUAUCGGCUGUCGUUCGCGCUGCCAGCAUUCCCCGCGGCGGUGGUCGCCGCCGGCAUUUUCUUCUUCCCGCCCUCGCCGCGCUUCACGCUCAUGCAGGGCCACCGCCUGGGCCUGCCGGACGAAGGCCACGACCGCGCCUGGAAGUCUUUGCGUUGGCUGCGAGGCUCCGAUGAGGCAGCCAGCGAUGAGCUGACCCUGCUGAUAGAGGCGCUGGACAGCCGCGGCGAGGCGUCGUCCUGGUCCGACCUCUGUCGGAGCAGGUCCAUCCGGCGCAGGGUGGUGGUGGCCAACAUGCUGCAGUGGCUGCAGCAGCUCACUGGCGUCAACGCCAUCCUGAGCUACGGCCCCGCCAUCUUCGGCAGCGCCGGUGUCCCACUCUCGGGCACGCAGUGCGCCGUCCUCACCAACCUGUUCAACCUCGCGGGCACCCUGGGGAUGAUGUUGGUGAUCGACCGCUGGGGGCGCCGGCUGCUGCUCCUGCUGGGUGCGGCGUGCAUGGCGCUGUGCAUGGGGUCGGCGGCGCUGCUGGCCCACGCCCUGCACCACGAGGCGCAGGCGCAGGCGCAGGUGCCGCUGGGCUGGGGCCUGCUUGCCUGCGUCUGCCUGUACAUGGCCUCCUUCGCCAUCGCCUGGGGCGGCGUGCCGUGGGUGUACCCCAGCGAGAUCUUCCCCAUGGCGGUGAAGGAGAAGGCGCUCUCGACCUCGGUGUUCUCGCAGUGGUCCGCAAACUUUCUCGUCGCCUACGUCGUCCCGCUGCAGGUCAAGAGCUUCAGCGUCGCGGGCACCUUUGCCUUCUACACGGCGUGCCUCGUCGCCUGCCUCGGGCUCGUUUAUUGCGCCGUGCCCGAGACCAGGGGGUUGGAGCUGGAGGAGAUGGGGCGCCUCUUCGGCGAGGACGGCUCCGACGGCCUGCCGGAGCUGUCGGCCCCGCUCACGCCGCCCGACUUCGGCCCAAGGCUGGGGGUGCGGCCAGGCUCUUCGGCGUGCUCGCUGUCCGCCCUCGGCCAGCUGGGAAGGGGGAGGGCCCAGACGAUGCCAGACAUGGCCGUGCCCGGCGGCUCCGAGCUCAGGGAGCGCUUCUUGUCCGACGUGCCCAGGAGGCAGCUGACGGCCGCUCGGAUCAACUCCCGGGUGGUGGUGGGCCGCGGAGGGUUCGUGCGGCUCGACAGCUACUGA